AGUGGAUCCAGAAAAGAUAAUUGCGAGUAAACCGAUUUAUAACCACGUUGUGCUUUGUUUGAAUAAUACGUGGCCGUUGUUUGUGAAACUGGUGCUAAUUCUGACAAAGGUAAUUCGUUGACGGCAUGUUUCCUUUUCAUCUUCCAAUAGCCUCACGUUACUCAGCUAGCAGCUAACGUUACUAAGCCUUUUCAUGUUAGUCUCCGUCACUACAACGACAUAUAUCGGGUCGUUUCUUUACGUUGUUCGCAGUGUAACUGUUACACGAAUUCAUACUAAUUUAACGGGCCAACGUCGGCUAACUUUAGUUCCAGUGCACCGAAAGUAACCAGCUGUUCGUCCAGCUGCUGCAGAUCUGACACGAAGGCUUUAUGGUGCUAUCAGGUCUCUCUCACACCACAAUGAGCUCACUUUAAAUCCCCGCUGCAGGGGUCGCCCAUACUUAAUGAGCAACUUGACAGAAAACAGAAGUGUUGUUCCUGUCUUCAUCUUAUCAAUAUUGAGUUGUUGUUUUGUUGUUGUUAUUGUUGUUGUUGUGUAUGCACGGGUACAGGAUUGACGCUGGCCUUCAAUGUUCACAGACAUGGAUUACGAAUUGGAGGAGGACAAACUGGGGAUACCAACGGUGCCUGGUUCUGUGUGUUUGAAGAAAGACGCUAAUAACCUUAUUGGGAUCAGCAUUGGUGGGGGGGCACAGUACUGCCCUUGUCUCUACAUUGUCCAGGUCUUUGAUAACACCCCAGCAGCUCUGGAUGGGACACUGGCAGCCGGCGACGAAAUCACAGGCGUGAACGGGAAACCAGUGAAGGGAAAGACCAAAGUGGAGGUGGCAAAGAUGAUUCAAGCUGUACAGGGAGAGGCAGUUAUCAACUACAACAAGCUGCAGGCAGACCCCAAACAGGGGAAGUCGCUGGAUAUAGUGCUGAAAAAAGUCAAACAUCGCCUGGUAGAGAACAUGAGCUCAGGCACAGCCGAUGCUCUGGGACUCAGUAGAGCUAUUCUAUGCAACGAUGGACUGGUCAAACGACUGGAGGAGCUGGAGAAAACAGCAGAGCUCUACAAAGGGCUGAUGGAGCACACGAAGAGACUGCUCAGAGCUUUCUUUGAGCUUUCUCAAACUCACAGAGCGUUUGGCGACGUCUUCUCGGUCAUCGGCGUGCGAGAGCCUCAGGCUGCAGCCAGCGAGGCUUUUGUGAAGUUCGCCAACGCUCACCGCAGCAUUGAGAAGUACGGCAUUCAGCUGCUGAAGACCAUCAAACCCAUGCUCCACGACCUGAACACGUACCUUCACAAGGCCAUACCCGACACGAAGCUCACCAUCCGCAAGUACCUGGAUGUGAAGUUUGAGUACCUGUCGUACUGCCUGAAGGUGAAGGAGAUGGACGACGAAGAAUACAGCAGUAUUGCGAUGGGAGAGCCGCUGUACCGCGUCAGCACCGGCAACUAUGAAUACCGCCUGGUGCUGCGCUGUCGGCAGGAGGCCCGCGCCCGAUUCGCCAAGAUGAGGAAGGACGUUCUGGAGAAGAUAGAGCUGCUGGAUCAGAAACACGUCCAGGACAUUGUGUUCCAGCUGCAGCGCUUCGUCUCCGGCAUGUCCCACUACUACGACGAGUGCUACGCCGUGCUGAAGGAGGCGGAUGUCUUCCCCAUUGAGGUGGACCUCUCCCGCACCAUGUUCAACUACGGCAGCCAGUCGUUGUCCUACGCCGGAGAUGAAGAGGAGGAUGAGGAGGAAGAGGAGGAGGAGGGAGGGAGCAGCACAGAGAGAAAAGCAGAGAAUGGUGCUGAGAAACUGAUUGAUGACGUGUGAGUGUGAGUGUGAGUGUGAGUCUGAGUCUGAGUCUGAGUCUGAGUCUGAGUGUGAGUGUGAGUGUGAGUGUGAGUGUGAGUGUGAGUCUGAGUCUGAGUCUGAGUCUGAGUCUGAGUCUGAGUCUGAGUCUGAGUCUGAGUCUGAGUGUGAGUGUGAGUCUGAGUCUGAGUCUGAGUGUUAGUGUGAGUCUGAGUGUGAGUGUGAUGAAGUCCACCCAUCUAACAUCACUAUUCUUUCCAUGCAUUUCAUGUCAAUGCAUUCACCAAGCAGCGAUCUUUUCCGUGGCGUAUAGCAGUUUAACCGGUAAAUACUCCAAAGAUUUGCCGCUGUAGCGCUGUAUGUUAUUCUUUUGUCUGCGUUUCCUUUCUGCGAUGCUCUCCAAUCAACAGCUUUGUGAUUAUUUUACCAUCGCCAACUUUUGACUGUCAAAUUUCUCUUUAAAAGAAAGAGGAAAAAAGACGACGUCCCGCUUUUCGACGUCGGUCACUGCUCAGUCUGUGAGAGAGACGCGGCGAACGGAUGGCAAUUUUAAUGCGUCAGAUAAUGAUUUAUGUGAUCAUGAGAUUAUGAGGUGUGCCUUCUUCGCUCUUCAUGAAGCCUAUUGGCUGCGUAUCGAUUUGCAUAUUGUGGAUUGUAAAAGUUACAUCGUAACUUUUUUUUGGUGCUUAUUUUCUUUGCUUUUGGACUUAUUGAGCUACAUGAAAUGAUGUUUUGCGGUUAGUGCUAAGUGACACUUUCUCCUCAGCUUAACGAACAAAUGGCAAAUUUGUAUCGUAUCCGAAAAUCUGAAGGUAUUGUUGAAGAUGAUGACUGAAUGAAGUUUGUUCCGUGAAGCCGUUACAUUCCUUUGUCCUCUUUGCUUUUCUAUUCUUCACUUGUUUCACAUGACAGCCUGUAACUUGCCAGUGUCGAGCUUCCUGACCAAAGCCUCUGCUUUAUGUCUUUCAGUCGGUGUCAUCUCCUGACACGGCAUGUUUCAAGUUAAAUGUCGUCUUUUUAAUUUAUUUUUUUCUGACUUCUGUAUCACACUUGAAUCCCUCUUCUCUUUUGUGUUUUUCACUUAAACAAUGCCCUGUGGAGGAGAGAGUGGACACACUGAACCUCACAGGGCUGUACCACUGUGUGAACAUCAGAGACGAGGAAAUACCAACUCUACAUGUAAAUAACUAUAUACGGGUGUAAAAACUGUUUUAAUUGUUAUCGUCAUUUCCACUUUAUUUAUUCUUUUUGUCAAGGUAUAUUUAAAAGCUUUUAAUUAGAAAAAUGUAUUUCUAUUUUAAAGUCAAUAUAAUUAUCCUCUUCUGUUGCAUUGGGGGGGAGAAGAUGUUGUGCAUUUUCAUGAUUUACUAUUGAGAACACGGGGGGAGCAAUCACAUCAGAAAACACUAUUCUGCAGUAGUCUAAGACUACACCAUGUGUUAAAUAAAAUUAAAAAAUUAAACCAUA